GCCUUUAUGCUCUGAAGAGCAAGCAGCUGGCUGUGGGCUCCCAUGGCUCUGGCAAUGUACCUCUUGCGGGUCUAGCUGUGCCCGGCUUGAUGAACAGAAGCAGCUACUUUGGAGGAUCUCCUGCCUGUGGAUAUAAAUAGGGGGCAAUUGGGAUGCGCUAGCUUUCUACAGCUGCACCGCAGCUCCUUCGUGCUCCACGUCACAGCUGGGACAGGGCAAUGGACAUGAACAUGAAGAAGUUCACAGUGCGUCGGUUCUUCUCGGUCUAUCUCCGCAAGAAGUCUCGGUCAAAGAGCUCAAGCCUAAGUAGAUUUGAGGAAGAAGGUAUUGUGAAGGAAAUAGACAUCAGUCAUCAUGUGAAGGAAGGUUUUGAAAAAGCAGAUCCUUCUCAGUUUGAACUGCUGAAAGUAUUAGGACAAGGUUCAUAUGGAAAGGUAUUUCUAGUGAGGAAGAUCAAAGGAUCUGAUGCAGGUCAGCUUUAUGCAAUGAAGGUACUUAAGAAGGCAACUCUGAAAGUUCGGGAUCGGGUACGAUCAAAAAUGGAGAGAGAUAUUUUGGCAGAAGUGAAUCAUCCUUUCAUAGUCAAGCUUCAUUAUGCAUUUCAAACAGAAGGAAAAUUGUAUCUAAUACUAGAUUUCCUGCGGGGAGGAGAUCUUUUCACAAGACUCUCCAAAGAGGUGAUGUUUACAGAAGAGGAUGUCAAGUUCUACUUAGCUGAGCUGGCCUUGGCAUUAGACCAUCUCCAUGGUCUUGGAAUUAUUUACAGGGAUCUAAAACCAGAAAACAUUCUUCUUGAUGAAGAGGGCCACAUUAAGAUAACAGAUUUUGGUCUGAGUAAAGAAGCCAUCGACCAUGACAAGAGAGCGUACUCAUUCUGUGGGACAAUAGAGUACAUGGCCCCGGAGGUGGUCAACCGACGAGGACACACACAGAGUGCCGACUGGUGGUCUUUUGGCGUCCUCAUGUUUGAGAUGCUGACAGGAUCAUUACCCUUCCAGGGAAAAGACAGAAAGGAGACAAUGGCACUCAUUCUCAAAGCCAAGCUGGGAAUGCCACAGUUCUUGAGCAUAGAAGCCCAGAGCCUGCUGCGAGCCCUCUUCAAAAGGAACCCCUCCAACAGAUUAGGUGCUGGAUUCGAUGGAGUGGAAGAAAUUAAACGUCACCCUUUCUUUGUUACUAUAGACUGGAAUAAACUAUACAGGAAAGAAAUCAAGCCACCUUUCAAGCCCGCAGUGGGACGGCCAGAAGACACCUUUCAUUUUGACCCAGAGUUCACAUCUCGGACCCCUACAGAUUCUCCAGGUGUUCCUCCAAGUGCCAAUGCUCAUCACCUUUUCAGAGGGUUCAGUUUCGUUGCCUCUAACUUGGUGCAGGAGCCUGCACAGCAAGAUGUGCACAAAAUCACCGUUCACCCAAUUGUGCAGCAGUUACAUGGGAACAACAUUCACUUUACAGAUGGAUAUGAGAUCAAGGAGGACAUAGGAAUUGGCUCCUAUUCAGUGUGCAAGAGAUGUGUUCAUAAAGCUACAGAAACAGAGUUUGCAGUGAAGAUAAUUGAUAAGAGCAAGAGAGACCCCUCUGAAGAAAUUGAGAUCCUCUUGCGAUAUGGACAGCAUCCAAACAUCAUUACUCUUAAAGAUGUCUAUGAUGAUGGGAAAUACGUGUACCUGGUGAUGGAGCUGAUGCGGGGAGGCGAGCUCCUGGACCGCAUUCUUCAGCAGAAGUGUUUUUCAGAGCGGGAAGCCAGUGCUGUGCUGUGCACCAUCGCCAAGACUGUGGACUACCUGCACUCUCAGGGUGUGGUGCACCGAGAUCUCAAGCCAAGUAACAUCCUCUACAUGGAUGAGUCAGGAAACCCAGACUCCAUCAGGAUCUGUGACUUCGGGUUUGCCAAGCAACUGAGAGCGGAGAAUGGGCUGCUCAUGACUCCCUGCUACACAGCCAACUUUGUUGCCCCUGAGGUCCUUAAACGCCAAGGUUAUGAUGCAGCCUGUGACAUCUGGAGCUUGGGGAUCCUACUGUAUACCAUGUUGGCAGGGUUCACUCCUUUUGCAAAUGGACCAGAUGACACCCCAGAGGAGAUUCUGGCCAGAAUUGGCAGUGGUAAAUAUGCACUUACAGGAGGAAACUGGGAUUCAGUAUCUGAUACCGCAAAGGACAUUGUGUCUAAGAUGCUUCACGUAGACCCUCAUCAGCGCCUCACAGCAGUCCAAGUCCUAAGACAUCCAUGGAUAGUGAACAGGGAGUAUCUGUCUCAAAAUCAACUCAGCAGACAGGAUGUUCACCUGGUGAAGGGUGCAAUGGCAGCCACUUACUUUGCUUUAAACCGAGCACCUCAGGCACCAAGGCUGGAGCCUGUAUUGUCCUCCAGUCUGGCCCAGCGGCGGGGCAUGAAAAGACUUACCUCUACCAGGUUGUAGCAGUACCUCCAGAAGGCCUCUUUGAAAACACACAAUUUAUUAUUUGAGAAAUUCAUCUUUACUUGGCUAGCAGAACUUUUUUGGACAACCUGCACAUGAAAUCGCAAGAACUAGCAGAAACCCAGCGUAAGGAAAAGUUCUUCUUUGCUCCAUUGUUUCUUUUACAUUCCGGCCAGGGUCCCAAGUUUAACAACUUCACAAAGAUGUGCCAAUUUUGCCAGUAGCUCUGUUCCUUACUGAGAUAAAGCCAAAUAAAGUAGGUGUGCUCCAUCCUUCCUGCCUUAGGAAACACUAUUUUUGAGUCCUUAAGAUGUUCCAUGAGAACACUGUUUUCAUUUUGUUUCUCAAGAAAAGCACUUUUUGUUAUGAAGAAUGAAGUCGGGUUUGAAUGUUUCCAGCUGUUCCAGCACGCAUCAUGAUGAGGUGACUUGGCUGGUCACCAGCUGACAUUACUGAUCUCCACUCACCCCAGGAAGAGUGAAGGCUGCAGAGACACAUUAAUUAAACCUUACUUGAAACAAGUUCUACACAACAUGAAGGAGAGAGAGCUGUCGGUCGUGGAAAUACCUUCUGAUUUUAAGAAAUCCUUUGCACUUCACCCCUGCCCUCUCUGGAACGAAGACAGCACAGCUCAAGGAGCAUGUGCCACCAGCCCUGAUGUACACAGAGGUCUCCAAGAGCAGAAAACCUCCGAGAAACUCGGUCCUCUGAGGAAAGUAUUGGGUCUUGUGAGACUGUGGGAAAGCCUUCACGUAAAACAUCAUGAGUAGGAGCCUGUGGAUCAGUGGAGAAAAAGGUGUCUGGUCUCAGCCAGCAAGUGGGAGGUCUGGGAGGGCUAGGUGAGGGGGCUGGGGAACUGAGCAGAGGCAGGAAAAGGUGUGGGUGACUGAGGACAGCAGGCAAAAUACCCUGUGGCAGCAUGGUGAGAAGUACUGCCAAAGGGAACUGGUGUGCAUGUGCUUGGGGGGCAAACCGGGACCCUCUUUAAAAGCAAGGGACAGUCCCUGUCCAGCGGCUGGUACAGAAGAGAGUUGGUGGGUGGCUGGGCUGACAAGGGCUGGCUGGGUCAUGCAGCUGUCCUCCCAUGCCAUCACCAAAUCAGCUCUGGCAGGCCAGAGUGCCACCCUGGAGCAUGUGAGGCCAUUUCCAGUCUCUCUGCAUUUUCACUGCUCUCUGCCCUCCCCUGGCUGCUUACCUGAAUCCGCCUCCAUCACCCAACGUUUCCUGUCCUUGCCUGGCUGUUCUGCUCUAGCAGAGCUAAACUCCCUGUAAAGUGUGUACAGAGAGUACCCACUUCUGAAGAAUCCAGCUAACUCUAUUACAAGCUUUAAUAAUAAUAAAUUAUGAGGAGAAACUGGAGGAUGCUCUGCUUUUAUAUUUAUAUAAAUAUGUAGAUGUGUAUUUAUAUAUAUAUAAAACAAAAGUUCUGUACCCUAAUACCUGGAUUUUCCAGGUUCAGGGAAAGAAAACUUUGUUGAAAUGCUCUCAGCAAAAUGGACCUUUUUUCUCAUUCCUUGAUUUCAAAGAAAGUGAGCAAGGUUUGUGGUGUCAGAUGUGAACUAUUUUUUUAUUCUUUUUCUUAACCCAUCUUGGCUUAUGGUGGUCAGAAGCUGACCAGGAUUCUUCUUUGUACUGCUUUUGUUAAUUUUUAUUUUCCAAGUAAAUUUUGUCACCUCAGAUGCUUUGUGGGAAAAGUGAAUGUGCUAUGUUGGCUUCUUUUUCUGUCAUGAUGGGAAAAAAAGAAAAAUGUGAACAUGGAGCUUCAUAUGCUAGAGAUGGUAAUUUUUCCUUGUUCAGUAGUAUGUGCAUCUCAGUGUUGAACUGGAAUUACCAGAUCAUUGCCUCAGAAUGUCCAAGGGAACAAGGAGCUGCAUUUGCUGUAGCAAUAUGCUUCCUGAAACCAGCUCUGUUCCAGUGUUGCCUGAAAUUUGUUUGCAUUAGUCUAUUUUUAAAUUUAAAUUUAUUCUUAAUAAUUUAAACUGAUAUUUAAUGUUCAGGUUCAUGUGCUGUGCACAGAGGACUGCUGCAAAGCAGCUCUCCUUGAAGUCCUUAUCUUUUCUAGAAUAAAAAAUGCUGUGAAACUUCA